UGCUAACAAAUAUUUUAGUUAGCGGCCUUAACAACCGCUUCAUCUUUCGUUUCACCGCCAGAAAGUAUUUCCAUCCUUUCAUUCCGGAAAAAGUUUCAUAAGGUUCUAUGAUGAUUUAAUCUUUACAGUUGGAUCGCAUCCCUAAUCUGCUAUUAUGUAUUGUUUUAAGGGUUAGUGGCAAAGUUAACGGAUUGAACGAACUUCUUAUCAGGAAAUCGUGACAACUGUCAACUGUCAAAUUCAUCAACUUAUAUUAAUGAAAAAACAUACAUACAUCUAAUAUUUUAUUAACAUGGACAAUACAUUUAUUAUCGGUUCUUAUUUAAAGAGGAUUUGAAAAAGCGAUUUUAAAAAUGCACCUGAUUUGUUGUUGAGAAAAGCAACGGAAUUAAACUGAAAAAAUUUGUUGAAAUAUUAUAAAACAAUCUAGAAGUUGAAGCAGUAACAUGGGGCAAAGUCAGAGUAUAACAGAAACUUUGCCGGAUCUGGAUAGUGUACAAAUGCAAGUAGUACGUCACGCCAAAGUGUUAUCAGAGAUAAAAUCGUUAACUUAUGAGGAUUUCAAAACUUGUCUGGAUAAUUUAAAUUCAUUAUCUCGUAAGUGCAUUGAUCCUGACGGCAAGCAAUUGGUAUUUUUGGUUAAGCGUGGUUCCGAUAUAACAUUAUUGUGGAAGGCUACAGUGAAAAUUGCUUGCAUUAAAGUUAAUCCACAGACACGUCGUGUGGAGACAUAUAAAUUUCUGAAUCUCAAACAAUUUUUAUGUGUCUUCAAAACGUUUCAAUCGCAUCUGGAUACAUUAAUUAGCAGUGAGGCCCAAAGAAAUUUAAGACGUGGCUCGCAGUCUUCAUUGUGUGACGACAAUUAUUCACAAGCGGCUUGCUGUUCUACUUUACCCCGUUCUUUAACAGCGACGAUAUUUUUAUCUGCUUUAGGUAAUAAUUCAAAUAGCCGCAGCGAUCUUAAUAGCUCAACAACAUCGAGUUGUUCUUACAACGAUCAUGUGGAUGAAUGUUCAAUAUGUUUAGAUCGUACCACUGAAGUAAUAUUGCCUUGCACUCAUAGCUUUUGUACCCCCUGCAUCGAACAAUGGAAUGUGGGAAGAAAGACAUGUCCAAUUUGCUCAGAAAAUUUAGAAAGUAUGGACGAGACCUGGGUUAUGUCAGAUAUACCGGGCGUUGAGGAAAUCAAUGAGAAAAUUUGUGCAGAAUUUAUGAAUUUAGCUAAGGAGCAAUAGGAAAAAGUUUCGUCAUAACACCGUAAUAAUGUAAUAAUCUUUCUUUUUUUUGUCCAUAUAUUUCAUUAUUGAUACGACAUUGACAUAUUUUUUUGGAAAAGGUAAUUCAUAAUCUUUACAGUUAUUUAAAAACAAUAAAACGUACACAAUAAUGUUUAUAUUUUUUGUGCAUUGCCUUAAACAAUAAUAGCGAGAGAAAUAUGAUAUAACCACUAGAAUAUAAGCAUAUGUACAUGAAAAAUGUAUUUCACAAUUUACUUGUAACAUCCAAAA